AUGUCCGCCGACUCUAUCAAUGAUGUCUCCGAAUUGUAUGCCCCCGGCCCGGCUCAGUAUGGUUCUGCCGAAGUCGCAGGUGUAGUCAGCCUCGUGAUUGCCGGCAUCCUUUCCAUUGUCGCGGUAGUUCCAGCGCUUUACGGGGUACUCAAAUGGUUGCGUCCCAAGUUUGCCAGUACACGAAUCCUCCCCUUCUUUGUGUCUCUCUUGGUGGCCAACAUCCUACAGGCGAUCGGCACCAUUAUGAACGCCUCCUGGGUCCGCGAACGCAACGUACUCCCCGGUUCGCUCUGCAGUGCUCAGGCCGGCAUCAAGCAGGCCGGCAAUGUCGGCAUGGCGCUCUGGUGUCGGAACAAUGGGCAUGUGCCAAUUCCUGGGGCAUAUGGGUAG